UGCUGUCUUGACAUCAGUGAUAGUAAUCUGUGAUCCGUCCGAAUUCCGAUGUCGAAUGUCCGAUGUCGAUCUGCAAUAAAUUGUAAAAACAAAUAGGUACGGUAGCAAUCUCUUUUAAUUACAUUGCUACGUGCUGUUUAAUCUAAGCGAAGGUCGUGCAAACGGUGAACCUGACAAACUGGAUUACGAACAAUGAUGGAUUCGGACUUGUCCGGUGCGGACUUUUGCCGUUUCUGUAGAUCAGAGGCUUCUUCCGACCGGCCUCUUUUCCACCCGUGUAUUUGUACAGGAUCUAUAAAAUGGAUCCAUCAAGAAUGUCUAGUACAAUGGAUGCGAUAUUCGCGGAAGGAGAUUUGCGAGCUUUGCGGCCACCGCUUCUCAUUCAUGCCGAUCUAUUCACCAGAUAUGCCUCGAAGGCUUCCAAUUCGUGACGUUGUUGGUGGAUUGGUGACUUCAGUGGCCUCUGCUGUAAAGGAUUGGCUGCACUACACACUCGUCGCUCUCGCCUGGCUUGGGAUCGUCCCUCUGACUGCAUGCAGGACUUAUCGCUGUUUAUUCUCUGGAUCAUUGGACCCUGUUAUAUCUCUACCAUUUGAUAUUGUAUCUGCUGAAAAUUUAGCAAAAGAUGUUUUCUCUGGUUGCUUUGUGGUGACAUGCACACUUUUUGCUUUCAUUGGCCUGGUAUGGUUGAGGGACCAGAUUAUGCAUGGUGGUGGCCCUGAAUGGAUGGAAAGAGAAAAUUUACCAGCUCCACCUGCUGAAGAACCACUACAGGAUAAUAAUAAUGAGAAUGUCAAUGAGGUUGUAAGAGAAGAGGGUGUUGGUGUAAGGGAAGAGGUAAAUGAUGAGGCGGCAGAAGAUAUGCUGGUUGGAGAGGAAGCUAAUUGGAAUCCAAUGGAAUGGGACCGUGUAGCUGCAGAAGAGUUGACAUGGGCUAGAUUGUUGGGACUAGAUGGUUCUAUGGUAUUUUUGGAACAUGUGUUUUGGGUUGUGUCUUUGAAUACAUUUUUCAUUGUUGCAUUUGCUUUUGGCCCUUACCAGAUAGGGCAAUUAGGAGCAUCCAUAGCUGGUUUUACAGCCGAGGGACCAUUUGCAGGCCCAUUGAAAGCAUUGUCAGGAUAUGUGAUAGUUGCUGCAAUUUUAGCCAUUCUACAUGCAAUGGCCUCUUUAUUAAGGCUAAGAAGUGCUAAAAAGGCCCUUGGAUUCUGCUAUGUAGUUGUGAAAGUAGCACUUUUGUCUGUUGUUGAAAUUGGCGUUAUUCCAUUAGUCUGUGGAUGGUGGUUAGACCUCUGUUCAUUAUCUAUGUUUGAUGCCACACUUAAAGACAGAGAGGCAAGCUUACAUGCCGCACCGUGGACUCUCUUGUUUAUUCACUGGCUUGUUGGAAUGGUCUAUGUAUACUAUUUUGCAUCAUUCAUUUUAUUAUUGAGAGAAGUCCUAAGACCAGGAGUUCUUUGGUUUUUAAAAAAUCUUAAUGAUCCGGAUUUUAGUCCUGUUCAGGAAAUGAUUCAUCUACCUGUGUGGUCACAUAUUCGUCGACUAAUUGUAUCAGCAAUGGUGUUUGGUACAGCUGUUCUCUUCAUGCUGUGGUUGCCCAUUCGAGUGAUUAAAUAUACUUUACCCGGCUUCUUACCCUAUGCUGUUGCCGUGCACACGGAAGCUCCAGUUAAUGAACUGAGUUUGGAGCUACUUUUGUUGCAGGUGAUCCUCCCAGCCUUAUUAGAGCAGUCUCAUACUCGUACAUGGCUGAAAGCCGGUCUUCGUGCGUGGUGCUCUUGCGCAGCUGGUAUUCUAGGUCUUCGCUCGUACCUACUGGGACAGGCGAGCAGGCAGGCAGAUCAAAACCCGCCCCCACAUCCUCCCCAUCAGCUGGGAGCUGCUCAUCAGGCACUAAUGUGGCGGGAAGGGCCGGCCGGCUUCGAGCCGUACGUUAGAGUUUCAUGGUUUCCCCUGCGUUUGGCGGCUUUGCUUGGUCUCGUCUCCAUCUCACUUGUUAUGGCGAGUGCCCUCACUUUGGUGAUACCAGUGGCUAUCGGAAGAAAGGUGAUGACAAUAUGGUUGCCCAAGGCAUCUGAAGGUGUACAUGAACUUUAUACGGCAGCUUGUGGUAUGUACGUGUGUUGGGCCGCGGGUCGAGGGGGGGCGUUGGCAGCAGGAUGGGCAAGGGGAGGGCGAGCAGCUCUCGUGAAUCGGACAGCCGUGUGGGCAAGUCGGGCAGCUCGCGCCGCUUUGGCUGCCCUCGCCCUGCUCGGCCUUGUGCCGCUUAUGUUUGGGCUGCUGCUCGAACUGGUUUUAGUAAUCCCCCUUCGGGUACCCCUAGAACAGUCGCCUGUGCUCUUCGUAUGGCAGGAUUGGGCUUUAGGAGUAUUAUAUACCAAGAUCGUGUGUGCCCUCACAAUGAUGGGUCCAGAUUGGAGUAUGCGAAGGGCCAUCGAAAAGGCGUAUAGGGACGGAAUACGGGAAAUGGAUCUUAAGUUCAUCCUCCGCUCAGUGGCGGCUCCAUUAGUACGAUGGCUGGGUCUCGCUUUGGCGGUUCCGUACGCGUUCGCUCACAGCGUCGCCCCGCUCGUUGUGACGUCAAGCGUGCAACGGAACUUGCUCGCUCGCCGAGUAUACCCGGCUCUUCUCAUCAUCUCUGUAUUGGCUGGACUUGCAAUCUUCCAUAUCCGCCAAUUCCGAAAGUUAUACGAGCAUAUAAAGAAUGACAAGUACCUCGUGGGACAACGCCUGGUGAACUACGACCACAGACGACACAAACAUGUCACUUCCAACUGAACGCGUCUUCUCUUUGAUUUGUUCAUAUUUUUAAUAAUUAAAAAUAAAAUACUGCUUUUUCUUAAUAUGUGUACGAUUAACAUAAACAUAUUAUAUACUUUGAUAAUUUGUUUAAAAAAAUAUUAAUGUAAUUUUAAUAAAAUAAAUGUAUUUAUCUGUGUCCUAAUAAAGGCAAUUUGAAUUAAGAAUCCAACGCAGAACAUUGUUAAUGUCAGAUUGUCAAUUGUCAAAAAGUAAUUUAAAAAAGGAACGCGUUUUGUGAAAGCAGUAUUUUAUCGGAAUAAUGUUAAUAAAUUUUACUUCCAUCUUUUCUAUUAAGCAUCUUAAGAAACGGUUAUUAGUAGUGUUUUAUUUAGACAUUUUUAUGAAAUUGCUCAGUCUUAGUGCUAGGUUUUAUAUCAGAGAUUGUCAAACGAGAGUGGACAUGUUUGGGGACUUCCUUAACAACGCAACUGUAUAUUGCUUUUAUUUUAAGGCUUAUUUCAUUAAAAUACUCUAUUUUAAUAGCAUUGUUGUGUUAGUGACAUCGGGCUUUAUGUAAUUAGACCUAGACAUUGUAAAUAUUUGAAGAAUUGUUAAGAAAAUGAACAAAUCUAUGAGCAUGAACUAGUUUUAAUUUAUUUUACAAGUGGAUUUCGAGCCAUACGUUGCAGAAAUAUAAAGCAACGUUGCUAUGGCGACUAUUACGUUACCAUGGUAACCGUUACGAUAAGCGUUGCCACGGUAACCGAUUGUAAAAUGUUGGAACUAGAUACUAGUGGAUCACGCUCAGGCACUGUCUCAUUUGCACUUGUGAUAUUUUUAAUUUUUAAGACAAGGACAUACUGAUUUUGAAUUGUAGAAAUGAAGGUUUAUGAUAUAAAUAUUAUUUAUGUGGAAUGUAAUUAAAGUAAAUGGCGCGAAA